UUUUGUUAGAAAAGAAGUGGGGAACGUAUAGUAUAAAUGCCGUACAACUAAAACACUGAUUGUACUAAGAAAGUAAGCUUAGAAGAGAAGGAAUCUAGUCGCAUUCCGAAUUAUCAUCAGCAAACAUGAAGUUUUUCUUGAGUUUUGCUGUUGUUUUAUACGUAACAACUUUUGCUACCUACGGAGAAGCAAUCCCCAAUCAACGGAGCAAACGUGCCAUAUCCAUAGAGAAUUGUCCGGAUGAUAAGUCAAAAGAGGGAAAAUGUAAGGACUACUUUGAGGAACAAUUGCAAAUGUACCGCGACCAAGGACAAUGCAUAGAUUACGUAGGAGACGAUACCCAAGUUCAAUGGCAGACUUGUGGAUCAGUACUUUGUUCAGAAGACUUGGUGAAACGUUCCGACCCAAGCAAACCGUAUCCUGACUGCUGCCCGAAGUGCUACCAUCCUUACGAAUAAUUUGGCACAAUCGCAUGAAUUACAUUACUUAUAUGAAAUAUACAGUAUAUUAAAUGGUUAAGGAUUU